ACCCAAACCGUAACGCACGACAUAUGCCUCCCUCACCCAAUACUAUUCUGAUCUCCCUCUCAGGCUCUCACUGAAACUGUCCCCUUCUCCCUCCUUCAAAACCCUCACCCAAAACCCGCCGCGUAGCCCACCGCAGUACAGCCCACGACCGUACAUACUAGCCGCAUCCUCUCACCCAACCCAGCCGCACCCUCUCACCCAACCCAGCCCUCACGACAUAUGUAGCUUCUCCCUCUCACGCUCUCACCCAAAACUCGCCACCACCAAACCCGACGCCCACCACAUCUGCUUUCAGCCGCUAGAUAGUUAAAGAUGGUAAAACCAAAGCACCUAAGCUCAAAAGAUUAUGAUGUCACUGAAAAGUCUUCACAAAAUCUUCCAAACCUAUCAUCUAAAGAUCGAAUAUCGAAGUUACCUCAAUCUCUACGACAUCAUAUUCUUUCAAAACUACCUUCUGAAGAUGCAAUGCGAACAAUGAUACUUUCUAAGGCCUGGAAAGACGAAUGGCUAACUUCACCUUGUUUGGAUCUCGCCAAAGAAAUGUGGGAUAGAUUUCCCGCGGAUAUCCAACUCAGAAUUAAGUUUGUUGAUUUUGCUUUUCGCAUACUCAAAAGGCGUAAUGAUUUGAACUGCCCAUCAAUUGAAAGACUUAAGCUGUUUUUGCCAGGCCCCCCAGAAACCCGAAAACCCCGUCUUGAGGAUCAGGGAACUAAAUUGCUUGAUUAUGCAGUAACCAAAUAUGUGAUUCAUGAGCUGAAGUUAAGCUCAUAUUCUAAGUCUCCUCACUACAGGCUUUCAAAGAAUGUAAUUCAGCACGCCCGUUCUCUCACGUUCUUGUCACUCAAAUGUUUGAAACUAGACCAAAAAACUAUAUCCGUUGUAGCUGUUCAUUGCCCUCUUCUCAAGUCUUUAAACUUAAGUAUUGUGAAUUUAGAGAUCUGAAAUUUACUGUCUUGGGGUUUCACAAACUUGUUAAUUUGAGUGUGACUGCCACAACGACAUUGAAAGGUGAUGAUGUCAAGGUUGAAAUUGUCGAAGCACCUUCUCUUGUGAAAUUUAGGUACUAUGGCCUCAGUGCUUCUCGUGCUAAUAGUCCGCAUAUUAUUGUGAUUUCGGAUUCAGCCUGUGAGGGAGUAAAGCAUAUGGACCUUAUUCAUGUUUGGUUUGAUCUAAGUUCCCUUAAUCGGGUUCUCUCAUUUGUUCCCAAUCUCGAACACCUUAAAUUAUCAUGCUACUUUCUUUGUCAACAACGCCUUGACAUAUGUAGUCCCAAUUUAAAGCACUUGGAGUUGAAACUUGAAAACUUGCUUCAGCAACUACAUAUUGAUGCUCCCAAUCUUACAGACUUUGUUUAUGCUUUCCAUGCUUGGGACUCUGAUGCAAUGCCGAUCAUAUUCUCAUCCAAUGCAUAUGCUUUUCAUGCCGAAAGGGUAACCAUUAAUAUAGAGUCUAGCAACAGAAGGUUAGGGAAUUUGUUGCAAAAUGCACAAUUUGGGCAAUUUGUUAGAGUACUAGAAGGUUCUUCCCAACAUCUGAAAGCACAUAUACCUAUCUUCUUCAAGGACACCUUGCAAUGUUUGAGAGGACAACAAUCUUCUAUAUAUGACUUUAAACAUUUGGUGCUUUAUUAUCAAGUUUGUGAGGGAUAUUCAUGUGAGGGAUACAUUGGAUACGAUGAUGAUGAUGAUGAUGAUGAGGGAUAUUCAUCGCCUUAUAAACCAGCAACAAGUCAAGUUCUUUUUACUACUGUUGUUGAUCCAGUACUUUGCCUUUUCCCAAACCUACAAACAUGUAUCAUUUUGCAACGCAACUCUAAAUGGGAGCUCAUGGAGUUGAAGCUUGAGUUCAAGUACAAGGGAUCUGAAGCUCGUGGUUGCUGGCAAAAACGGUUACAAGAGGUGAAGAUUGAAAAUAUUCGGGGAUCCACAGACUAUAUUUCUCCUUUGAGCGCUCAAUUUGAACAGGAAUUAAAACCCAAAAAGAUUGUUAUUCAGUGUUAAGCAUCAUCUCCUAAAUUUCGACAUUUCUUAAGUCUAUAAUUAGCAGUACAUAAUGUUUAGAGACUAGUCACUGCUCUUUCUACUAUAAUAUGCUAUCAUUUUAGGUUCUAAUCUUUCGUAAAGGAAAGAACAUCAAAUCCUUUUAUCCCAAAGUUAUAACUUAAUGUAAGUCAAAAACAAAGACAUUACAUUUCACUUGUGUUAUUAGCAUUAUGUUUGGAUUAUAAUUUUGAAAAGAAAAUAAAUAAAAGAGAGAGAAAGGAAACGAAACGGAAAAGAAAUGGAAUAUAAGAAAUUCUUUUUUGUUUAGGAGAGAAGGCGAGGUGAAAGAAAAAAGAUAAGAAUUUUUUCUCUAAAUAUUUUGAACUUUUAAAAGAUUAAUACUUUAACAAAAUUUAUUAAUCUAAUCUAUUCAAAUUCUUUUGCUACCGUUUUGUCAUCUAAAGAAGGGAUUACUUAUCCCUCUAAAUUCUCUUUUUUUUUUCUUAUUAUUUCCUUGCAUUCAAACACACCUUAAAUGUGACAAAUUAUAAAAAAAUUAAGGGUAGCAAAUCACAAAAAAUAGAUAAAUUAUUGUGAGAGACACAUUAGAUAUAUGGACUAAAUUCAAUUAAUAUAAAUUAAGAAGAAAAUAAAAAUGUGAGAUUUUUGUUUUGAGUUAGUCUCUUUAAGAGAUGGUCUCUCAUAAUAAUAGCCGAAAAAAAUAAGAAACAAGAGGAGGGUCAUUACGCAUUACAAAUGACUUAUGUCACAUUCAAAUUGUCGACACCCGAUAGCAAUCAAACCCUACAAAAUUGCAUACUUAAUCAACCUUAAGGGGAUAAUUGAUUUUUAGGCAUUAUAAUUUAUUAGUGCUAAACAAUUAAUCAAUUAAUUAAUCAAUUUGAAUUAAGUAACUACAAAAAUAAUUUACAAAUAGUCAAAUGAGUUUCAGUCAUUUUUCUAAAUAUUGCUAUUUAUGGAAAUAAUUCCCACCUCAUGUCAAUGGGAAACAUAAUUCCCUAUCCACUGUCCACGUAGGAUAUAUAUAUAUAUAGCGGUUCAUCCUUUUUUUUGGGUUUAAAAUUUUUAUUAAAAUAAAACCGUCAUUUCAUAUAGCGGUUUACUAAAUGUUUUUUUGUUAAACCGCUAGCUAAAAUAGUGAUUUUAUUUUAACAAAAAUAAAAAAGAAAAUAUAUGUGUUUGAUACCAUCCUACGUAGAUGGUAUACAAGGAAAUAAGUUUGCUUGUUACACAGUUAUGAAAAAAAUUAAGGGAAAAUUAGUAAAAUAUACCAUUAAAUGAGGUAGAGGUUUAUAACUUCAAUUUUGGUAAUGAAUCUAACUUUUCAUAUUCUAUGAAAAUAAAAUUAUACAUAUAAAAAAAGACAAUGUUAUACGAAACUAGGUUUAAUGGUUAUAUUUAGUUUAAAGUUUAUCUUUAUUUUAAUUUCUUGCUUGGGAAUUAGUCUUUGUAUUCUUAUUUUAAGGCUUAUUUUUAAUUUUAGAAUAAAAGAUGAGAUCGAUGUUGUUUCUUUAUGUCUUUAAGUUCUCUUCUUUUUAAAUUUCUUAACUAUUACAUUUUAAGAGUU